CCCUCUUUCUCUCGCUUUAUUCCUCCAUCCUCUUCAAUAAGUCUAAUAAAAACACUCAACAAUUACUUCUCAUUUGCUUUCAGAUCAUUGAUUAUCAGUAAUGGCAAGGUCAUUAAUGGUUCGCCGAAAUCCUCCGACACCCGAGACUGAGGAGAAGAUCAGAAGAGCAAGGCGCUGUAUUGAAAUUGACAGUAUGAAAGACAUUAUUGUGGCCAAAUGCCUUCGUCGAUACAUGACAAAAAAUGAAACAAUAGCGUAUUUAUACAUUGAAGAACGCCGAGAACCUGCAUACGCUGAACUGAUCUGGGAAGAACUAGAGAAUCAGAAUCCUACAUUCUUCAGGCUUUACAAUAUGUUGGUUGUGAUCAAGAAACAGAUUGGAAAAUACAAUGAGCUCCUCGUGCAUCAGAAAAAUGCCAUGAAUCAGAGAAAUUCUAAUGGUGAUCCAUCACGCAGCACAGCAGCUAAUAUUAGCAACCAAGAUUUUCCCAGUGGAGUUCCUUCUGUACCCGUGCCUAAUGGUAGCACACCGGCUUACGUUAGCAACCAAAAUUUUCCCGGUGAAGUUCUUUUUGUUUCUCUUCCUAAUUGUGAUCCAGCAGGGAACACUCGAGCUUAUAUUGGCAAUCCUGGGAACGUGCAACAAUAUGCAUACAUCAUGAAUGCGACCGACGCCUCUUUGCUUCGCGAAACUGGAAUGGAUGUCAAUAGCAUUCUGAAUAGUGGUUUGUUUUCAGAGGGCAUGUCGAAUGAUACGGGAAAUGAAGACAACUAUACACGAGGAGAAGAUGGAAGUGGUUCUGGUUAUCCUUAUCAGAGGUUUGGGUAGAAAUGCUCUCAAGGUUUGCUGAAGAACCGAGCAGCGCAAGGGGCACAUUCAUGCACAAGCAAAUUCAAGCAUAUGUGUUUUUGUUGCCUUUUCUUGUAAUUUUGUAGAUAUCUUUUCUUUUUUGUAGUUUUGGAU